UCCUCCCCCCUACCGACGCCAACCCACAGCAACAUGAUACCGGAGACGAAACGCUCCAAACAAGCCUGCAAAUAAAUGAGGCGUUCCCAUCCGCCCAGCCUGUCUGUCUGUCUGUCUGCGGAACGGAGCUCCAAAGCGUCAAGAACAAGCGCAGUCGGCCGCCCCUGGGAAGAUCAGUUCAAGAGAUAUGCGUACCUCCCUCCGUCGCUUGCAAGCUCUCGAGUGAUAUUUUUUCCGUGCGUGGAAAGGUAGAAAAGUCGCCGCGGUUGGAUAAAUUCUUCUCCGCAAGACCGAUAAAUAAACUGGGACGCAGAAGAGGAGGACGAACUCGCUAGCAGUUGGCGACCGUCGGUAGCAUUUAGCACCGACCUAGCCAAGCUAAUUGGCUAACGUGUAAUUACAUGGGAACGUCCUGUUUGCAGAGCAGACUGUGGGCGGCAUAAUUUGGUGUGCACCCGAGGAUGGUAUAUGGGUAAUCAAAAGACAUAUGCGUCGUUUUAAGCGACAUUUUUCGUCUUUAGCUAAGUUUUUAACAGCAUGACACAGACGUCGAGUGUCUAGCAUGUCAGCUUGUAGAGAUGGCUUGUUUUCGCAAAUGCGUUUUAUUUACGCCAAACUACUCAAACGCUUAGCUUUCUUGCAGGAUUCAAUCACGGUACGACGUUAACUUUGUCGCCAUUGACGGCACAGAAGCGACUUUUUGCAAGCAUCAAAUGUGUAGCCAUAUGCCAGAAAGCGUGUUUAGACGAAUUGAGCUGACCCGAGGACAGAAUAAAGAAACAUUUAUGUGGUAACCGCUAAAAGAAGAGAAACAAGGACCAGAAAGUACAUCCAAGUGUGUGGAUUAGCGUCACGUGAAAUAGCAAAGUCGAUCUUGUACCAUCAUGCCUGUGGGCCGAACUACAACGAUGCAGUGUCUAGCAAAAUUCGCCUUUUGCCUGACUCUUCUCCUUACUCCAGUGGCUGCGGCACAGGGCGAAGAGCGAGAGUGUGCCUUCACGGACCAGAAGGAGCAGUGGGAGAUGGAGCGAGUGGCGGGGGGCGAGGGGCGGGUCUCCCCGGAGAAUACCACCAUCCGAUGUGCCAAGGGCAGCCACUGCUUCGGCUUGUGGGAGAAAAAAAAACCAGGCGAAGUCCAACUUGUCAAACAAGGUUGUUGGACCCACCUUGGCGACCACCAAGAUUGUCGAGAAGACCGCUGCGUGGUGACCAAACUGCCACCUCAGAUCCAGAACGGGACAUUCCACUUCUGCUGUUGCGGCAGUGACAUGUGCAACGUCAACUUCACAGAGGAUUUCCCGCCUCCCAGCCCCACCACUGCACAGCCCAUCUACUCUCACACUCUGCGCUAUGAAGAGACAAUAAUCAUUGCCCUGGCAACCGUCUCUGUGCUGGCCGUCGUCGCGGCAGCCGCUUUCUUUGGUUACCGCUUGAUGCGUGGAGACAGGAAGCAAGGUCUUCACAAUCUGAACAUGAUGGAGGCUGCUGGCUCCGAGAGCUCUUUAGACCUGGAUAAUCUCAAACUGCUCGAGCUGAUUGGCCGGGGCCGAUACGGUGCUGUUUAUUGCGGCUCCCUCGAUGAGCGACCUGUUGCCGUCAAGGUCUUUACUGCCACCAACCGCCAGAACUUUCUAAAUGAAUGCUCCAUCUACCGGCUGCCGCUACUGGAGCACGGCAACAUCGCCUGCUUUGUGGCCGCCGAUGAGCGGACAGGCCCAGAGGGGCGCACUGAGUACCUGCUGGUCAUGGAUUACUACCCGCACGGCUCUCUAAGCCGCUACCUGAGCGUUCAAACCAGCGACUGGGUCAACAGCUGCCGGCUUGCUCACUCCGUCACUCGUGGCUUGGCGUACCUGCACACUGAACUCUUUAAAGGAGACAUGUACAAGCCAGCGGUCUCCCACAGGGAUCUGAACAGUCGGAAUAUUCUUGUUAAGGCCGAUGGCACUUGCGUAAUCAUCGACUUCGGCUUGUCUAUGAAGCUGACUGGUAACAGGCUGGCACGCCACGGGGAGGAGGAAAACGCUGCUAUCAGUGAGGUGGGCACCAUCCGCUACAUGGCGCCAGAGGUGCUGGAGGGUGCAGUGAAUCUGAGGGACUGUGAGUCUGCGCUGAAGCAGGUGGACAUGUACGCUCUGGGCCUGAUCUACUGGGAGACCUUCAUGAGAUGCACAGACCUUUUCCCUGGCGAAUCUGUACCAGAGUACCAGAUGGCCUUCCAGGCGGAGGUCGGGAACCACCCGACGUUCGAGGAUAUGCAAGUGCUGGUGUCGAGGGAGAAACAGCGGCCCAAAUUCCCAGAAGCCUGGAAAGAGAACAGCUUGGCGGUUCGUUCUCUAAAAGAGACGAUGGAGGACUGCUGGGACCAGGAUGCAGAGGCCCGCCUCACAGCCCAGGGUGCAGAGGAACGGCUGGCAGAGUUGCUCCUCAUUUGGGACCGCUCCAAAUCAGUCAGCCCCACACUCAACCCCAUGUCGACCACACUGCACAAUGAGAGAAACCGCGUGACACCCAAGUCUGGCCCGUAUGGCGACCAUUCCUCGACUUACAUCGAAGAGCACGAGGGCAUGGCCAAAAACAUGCAGGCCGAUACCACAAGCUCUGCAGGUGGCAGAGUCGGGGGUGGACCCGUGGAAAGGAACAGGAACUCGAUCAACCAAGAACGCCAGCAGCAAGCUAACGCCCGACUGCCCAGCCCAGAGGCUAGCAGCACCAGCGGGGCUUGCUUGGGUCUCAGAGGGAGCCCCUCAGCCUCCACCACGACCACCACGAUCAUUUCUGAGUCCGAGGGGCCAACGGGGUGCGCCACAGUCCCUGUCUGCCUCCACCUAACUCAGGAAGACCUGGAGACCACCAAGCUUGAUCCCAAAGAGGUCGACAAGAACCUGAAAGAGAGCUCAGAUGAGAACCUUAUGGAGCACUCGCAAAAGCAGUUCUGCUCGCCAGACCCUCUGAGCCCAGGAAGUUCCAGCUUGCUGUACCCCCUCAUCAAGAUGGCAAGUGAGGCCUCGGGUACGUCCGAACCCGCUGCCUCCAUGCCUGCCACCGUCUUCCCUCUGCCCAAGCAGCAGAACCUGCCCAAAAGGCCAUCUAGCUUGUCCCUGCGUAACAAGUCAGCCAAGAAGGAAUCGUCAUCCUCUUCGCUCAGGUUCAAGUUCGGACGCUCGGGGAAGUCCAACCUACGGCAGGUGGAGGGAUCCAAGAUUAACAGCGGUGCAGUAACGGGCCCAAACAUGGAUGCAGAAGCUCAUCGAGGCGUGGGCAUAAACAAUAUACCCGCUCUACGAGAUGUGCACGCUAACGCCAGCAUAAAUGGCGCCAUUAACGGUCACAACAGCGGCAUUGUCUCUUCCGGGGCCAUAAGUGGAGAUACGGGUUUUGGAGGAUCCGGUGUCAUUCACAACGGAAACGGAGCGUUGCGCUCCGAUGACAGUCGUCUCAGCCUCGGCGUCAUCACGGCCAGCCCCGACGAACACGAGCCGCUUCUUAGCCGUGAGCAGCCGGAUCCCAGGGACCCGUCUUCAAGCGUGGCCGCGCUGCGCUCGGCCCGACCGAACACCAACAACAACAACAGCAACACGGGCCAUGGCCGGGACGAUGGCAACAGCGGAGGCGAGAGCGAUGGAGGCGGAGAUGAGGACACUGGUACGGAAGGAGGAAGCGGGGCUCCCACCGGACCUCCGGGAGAAAGCCCCGGGCUCUGCUCCGGUGCCUCGGACUUCCCGGCGACGGUCACCAUGCGAGACGAGUCCCUGCUCAGGCAGCCCAGAGUUCGGAGACCUGAGAGACCCAACUCCUUGGACCUGUCCUUCACCACACAGGACCUGGCCUCAUUAUGCGACAGCUUGGGGAACCCAGACAGCGCUUUGGGCACCAGCGAUAAAAUCAAGAAGCGCGUCAAAACGCCGUACUCCCUGAAGAAGUGGCGGCCGACCACAUGGGUCAUCUCCACAGACGCCAGAGGGCUCGAGGUCAACAACAACAACGGGUCAGGCCGAAGCCAAGGACACAGCCAUAACCGGCCCAAGUCCACUUCGGCCAUCUACCUGCGGGGCGGAGACUUGAUCGACGAGCGCGGCGACACACACGUGUGAGCAUUCCACCACUCUGGUGAAGACAGGACAAACCAUGUUGUUGAAUUGUUGUUUUUUGGGGGGAAGGGGGGCUCAGCAAGAGGAAGCUACAGGGAAUCCUGACCUUAGUCGAGUCCCAUGUACACUACAGUUAUUAAGGUCACGCUUCUGUGUGUCUUUUCCGAUGGCGUCAUUUGCUUUCAACGCAAUCCAAGCUAUGCAGCGUUCUCUCCUGCUCGUCCAUUUCCUACAUUGCAUCUGCUGUCCCCUUAUGUACGCUCCUCACAAGCAUACAGUUGUUUCUUUCUACGUGCACUUUGAGCCGAUGAGAUCGGCGUUUGGUCCUGCCCUGCCCUGCCCUGCCCGUCGUGACCGCGACGCCGCACGAAAUUCAAUCACGAGCUCUUGUUUUUGUUUCAUUCAAGCACAAGGCCCGGUUGAAAAGAAGAAACGGUCUUAAAAGACAGAACAGGCUACUUUUUAUUUGUAUGUUGUUGUUUUUUGUUUCUUUUUUUGUAUGCAAGACUUGUCGCUUUGGACUAUCCAUGUUUUGUAUCAUCACAUAACUUAAAUUGUGCAAUAGGAUGUAGCUUUUAGAUGUUUUUCAUGUUUUAUUGUUCCUAUAAUUUUGUUUUUAAACCCUCAAUCAUAUUUUGAUCUUGUCAAUCUCUUUUGCACUUAUGAUUAGUCGCAAUAAUCAACCUAGCCCCCGACCCCUGAUUGAAGAGGAAAAACAAAUGACAAUCCUUCUCUUUUUCCGUAUCUGGGGCAUCUUAAAAGGGCCACGAGCAAUCAAGCUCAUACGAGUGGUUGAGAAUAUUGGGACUUUUCCCCCACGCUCUUUCCACACAAUCGCACCAUGAAUAUUUUGUUUGUUUGGUUUGGUUUUGUAAUGCUCUCAAACCAAGACUCUUGUCCCAGUGUCCUCUGACUUUGUUUGACUUUUAUAUAUGUGACUGAAUACUACAGCCCAGAGACUAAAAAAGUCCAAUUUGUGCUUCUUGGAACUGUGUUGGAAAUGGAGAAAAAAAAUCAAAAGAGAGACAGACAAAGAAUACCAAACCCUCUUCCAAAGCACGCUGAUUAUUAUUUGUGCUACUGGUCACAUAAUUAAUGUUUGAAUGGGUGGUUCUAGAAUACAGUAUGUUUGUGUGUUUAAGUAAUUUUGUUUUGCUGGAGCCCAGCGCUGUACAGUCAAUGUUUGUUGUACCCAUUCUGUAUGCUCAGCACCGCUACAGGAUUCAUUAAAGGUCUCAUUUAAAUUUUUGUAAUCUGUAGUAAUUUGUAUGCAAGAAAAAGCUAUUAUUGCAUUUAUUUACAUAUUUCUUGUGGGAUUCUGUGUUGCAUUCAAUGGACAUGGCUGACAUUUGAUUCCAUUGCUUUGUUCGUUUGCUUGAUAGAAUUUCCAUACAACUUUUCAAGACACUAUGGAAGAAAAAAAUCUCAAUAAAUGUAUGAAAACAUG